UAGAAGAGAGAAAGAGAGAGAAAAAAGAAAAGCGGAGCCAUGUCAAACGCUUCCAGAGUACAAAGUACAAGCCUUUUUCUUCACAAUAAUUCUGCAAAAAUUUUGCUAAAAAGAUCUUCCGCGACGAAACUUAAUCGUCGGCAAAUGGGUUCUUUAUUUUUACAAAACCCUACUUUUCCUUUCGAUUAUGCACCAAUCUUCUUCAGUUUUCUCUUCGCAUUUGCCGCCUCCAACUCCGAUUCACUGCCACAACAUCUAUGUUCACUUGAAAAGCUUGGAGAUUGGAACUUCUACAUAUUCAAAUCACAAGCAACUUUGCCUUGGUUUGAAAUUAAAAGAGAAUGAAUAGAGAUUGGAUGAAACUUCAAAAUAGACAGUGCAAAGUGUAUGUAGAUGGUGUUAACUCCUUUCUAGAGGUGGCUAAAAAUACUCUCAAUGCACAAGGAAAGACAAGAUGUCCAUGUACGUACUGUAUGAAUUCUUUUUAUGGUGAUAUUACAAGUAUAGAACAKCACUUGUACAUGCGUGGAAUAUCCCCUACAUACAACCUAUGGAUUUUUCAUGGAGAGGAACCUGAAGCAUUUGUGUCACCUUGCUUUAAGCAGACAUCUCUUGUUAAUAAGGAGACGGUUGUGCCACCUCACUCUGAACCAGGUCCUUCUUCAGUAAACAAAAAAACAGUUGUAUGACCUCACUGUGAACCGACAUAUUCUGUUAACAAAGAAAAAAAUGAUCUACAAGGUCCAAUAUUGGAUGAUGAUAAUGGCAAUGAGUUGUCUGCAGGUAUUAAUGAGCGAGGUACAAAAAGUACAUUUGAGGAUGUAUUAGGUGAAGCRCGAAAGCAAUUAUAUCCUGGAUGUUCACAAUAUUCAAAGUUCACAUUUUUAGUCAAAUUGAUGCAUCUGAAGGUUUUAAAUAAUUGGAGUAAUAAAUCGUUUUGCAUGGUGCUACAACUUUUAAGAGCAGCAUUUCCUGAUGGUGCAAAUUUUCCACAUUCAUAUCAUGAUGCUAAUAAGAGGCUGCUUGAGAUGGGGUUGGGAUAUAAUCUAAUCCAUGCUUGUAAGCAUGAUUGUGUUCUAUUUUGGAAAGAGUUUGAAAAAUGUGAGCAUUGUCCAAUGUGCGGAGAAUCUCGAUAUAAUGUCAAUGAUGGCAAGGGUAGAAAGCUUCSACAUAAGGUGUUAUACCAUUUUCCGUUGAUUCCGAGGUUGAAAAAAUUGUUUUUAUUAAAAGAUAUAGCUCAUGAAAUGAGGUGGCAUAAAGAUAAACAUGUUGAGUUAGAUGGAGUCCUAAGACAUCCCGCUGAUGCUGAAGAAUGGAAACACUUUGAUAAAGAAUUUCCUUGGUUUGCUUUAGAUCCUCGAAAUGUUCGAUUAUCACUAGCUUUAGAUGGUUUUAACCCAUUUGGAAAUACAAGUCCAUAUUGUAUGUGGCCAGUCGUACUAGUCCCGUACAACUUACCACCUUGGAAAUGCAUGAAAGAUAAUUUUUUCUUCAUGUCAUUGCUUAUUCCCGAUCCCCAAUCUCCUGGUAAAGAAGUCGAUAUAUACUUGCAACCAUUGAUUGCAGAGUUGGAACAAUUAUGGACAGUUGGUGUAGGUGCUUUUGAUAGUAGCAAGCAUGAGUACUUCCAAUUACAUGCAGCUUUGUUAUGGACAAUUAGUGAUCUUCCAAUCUAUGGUGACUUAUCUGGCUGGAAUACUAAAGGAUACAAAGCAUGCCCUAUGUGUAAUGAAGAUACAAUUUCAAUGAAGUUGAGAGAGAAAGUUUGCUUUACAGGGSACCGUUGUUAUCUACCUAUAGAUCAUGUUUGGCGUAGAAGCAAGCAGCAUGAUGGCAAUGAAGAACAUAGGUUAGGACCUUAGAACUGGAGAGGAGAUCUUACAGCAAGUAAAGGCUAUAAGGUUCUCAAGAUUUGGUAAAAAUCCUUCCAAACAAGAGAAGUAUUUUCUUUCAACUUCCAUAUUGGUCAAAACUCAUGCUACGUCAUAAGUUAGAUGUUAUCUCUGUUGAARGAAGUAUAUGUGAUAACUUGUUAAACACUUUGUUAGACAUGGAUGGGAAGACCACUGAUACUUUAUUGGCACGUUUAGAUCUAGAGGACUUAGAAGUACGAAAAGAGCUACAUAUUCAGAAAAAUGGGGACAAAUAUUUAAAACCACAUGCUUCAUACACGUUAGCUGCUAAUGAGAGGGUGAACUUUUGCAAGUUCUUAAGAUCGGUUAAAUUUCCCUUUGGGUUUCCUUCACGUAUAUCGCAAUGUGUGAAUGUUAGAGAAGGAACAAUUUCGGGAUUAGAAAGCUAUGAUUUUCAUAUACUAUUACAUCGGCUUCUCCCAAUCGGUAUUCUUACAUAUUUACAAGAUCAAAUAUGCACAACAAUUACAGAGAUGUCUAUCUUCUUUCGGAAGUUAUGUGCAAAAACAAUACAAUCUCAAGACUUGGACAAGUUACAAGAUGAAAUUGUUAAGAUAUUGUGCAAGUUUGAAAAGUUAUUUCCUCCUACUUUUUUAUGAAGCAAAAAUGGUAGGGCCUGUACGUUACAGUUGUAUGUAUCCCAUUGGACAAAGCUUGAACAAUUUGAAGCAAUAUGUCAAGGAUAAAACGGAUCCUGAA